GCUGGCUCAGCGCGCCGCGCGGCUGCCGCGCGGAGCCGUCCUGGGGCGCGCCGGAGGCGUCGGCGUGCUCCGCCGCGGGGUGCUCGGCCGCGGAGUGCGGGGAGCGCGCCCAGCGGCGCUGGGUCGCCUGCGAGAACCAGGCGCUGGAGCCCGUGGAGUUCGCACUCGGCGGGGCGGAGGGGCCGCGCCCGCCCGCGGUGGGCGGCGCCUACCCGCCCGCCGCGGUGCAGCGGGCCCUGAGGGAGGCGGGUCGCCCGCCCCUGGCGGACACGCUGCGGUACGACAUGUCCUUCUUCUGGUCCAACGCCGAGUACACGCAGUACUCCGACAUGGACCUGGGCCGCCCCGCGUGCGGCGCGGAGUGGGGCGGCGUGCGUGCUGCCGUGGCGGCCGUGGCGGGGGCGCCGCGCGGCGCCGUGUGCGGCGUGUGCGAGGCGCAGGUGCCGCGGAUGCUGGCGGCCGUGGACGGCAUUCGUUUUUCAUCCUCUAUGGUCCACCCCUUUAGCGGCGCCCGCUCAGACUGCUUCCUGGGGGGGCUGGCGACGGUCGCCUGCCAGUUCCUCUGCGCAAGCUUCUGCGAGCCAGAGGACUUCGACUCGAUGUGGUGGAGGCUGCAGCUGGAGCUGGAGGCCCUGUUUUUUAUCCUCUCCGUGCCACUGGUGACGUGGGCGACCGCGCAGUGGUCGCUGGUCACCUUGCUCCAGAGGGUUGGCGACACCCUGCGCGAGAGGCUCGCCGCUGUCCCGAAUGAGUGCGACCUUCUGGAUGAUGCCUCCACCCUCGCCUUCCAGUCGCGAGUGUUGUUUAUCCUCGCAGUGGACGGGCUCGACCGCGGCACCGCCAGCGACGCGGUGCGGGCGGCUCACGCCAGGCUGGUCGCCCCGCCCGGGACCGAGUGCCCCUUCGGGCUGGCCGUUGCGCUUCUGCACGUCCUGCAGCUGUCGAAGCUGGGGCACACCACGGGCGUCUCGGACGGCUUCGGUGACAAGGCGCUGUCGGCCCUGAAGACCUGGGAUGCGAUGCACGCCAACCGCGUGGGCAAGCAGCGGCGCUUCUUCUACGACCUGCUGACGACGCGCUGGCCCUGGCUGCAGCUCUUGGCGGCGCUGCCGGGCGCCGGCCAGGCGGCGGAGCCGCCCCUGCCAGCGCCGCCUGCGGGCUGCGAGGAGCGGGUGUUGGGGGCGAUGGGCGCGUGGUCUUGGCACGCGUCGGCCUCGCCCUUCAACGCCCGCGGGGAGACGCCGCUGCCGGGGGCGUGGCGAGACGGCGGCAGGGCCGUGGCCGCGGCCCUGUGCUCGAGGCUCGAUGGCGCCGAGGUGCUCUUCGUGAGCGGGACGUCCAGCGGCGCCAAGUGGGGCUCCUUCACCGUGCGGGGGCGGCAGGCCGCCCGGGGCCUGCGGCAGCUCCGCGGCGCUGGGCCCGCCGUGCGCGCGCGCGCGUGGAACUUCAACUGCGGGGAGUGGUGCGGGGAGCGCGGGGAGAAGGGGCCCCAGUUCUCGGCUCCCAGCGUGGUAGUGCACAUCAAGUAUGCGUGCACAUGCGCCCAGGAGUUGCUCGCCGGCACUGGCGCUCGGCACAUCUACGACCCUGUGGAUCAGUUCGCGCUGGUGCCUCCUGGUAUGGACGCCAUCCUGGCCCAGACGUCCCUGGCGGCUGCCGACUACGCCAGCCACCCCGAGGCCCGGGCACUGGGUACCAGGGUAUUUUGGCACCCGCUGCACCACUCGAACUUUCGGGGUGUUCGGUGGUCGGGCGAUCGGGCAGAGGUGGUCGGGACGCACACAACACACAACGACACCGAGCUGCACGAUGCUGUGGAAAGCCAUCUUCUCGCCAAGCACCCCGGGACGGCUCGCUUCCUCCACAUCGACCCGAUGGACCGUUUCUCUUUCACGGCCGGGCUUGUCGUGUCCCCGCAGCACACUGAGGAGGUCUACCGGCAGCUUAUCGAGCUGGACGUGAUUCUGCUCAGGCACACUGGGUGUAUGGCUCACCUCGCCGACCAGCUUACACCACGGUGGUUCUGCAGCCGCUACAAGACAGGACAGAGGCUGGUCAACGCAUUCGCUGUUGGCCUACCAGCGGUGGUUUGGUACGAGCAGGGCUUCCUGGACGUUGUCGAGAACACCGGAUACCCAGCAGUGGCACGCAAUCUGCAGGAGGCCAUCGAGUGGGUGGACCGAAUCCUCGUGGACGACGCCCUGCGGGAGGAGCUGAUCGAACGCGCGCUGGAGCUGGCAGAGCCCUAUGCCUUGCCGCGUAUCAGCGAGAGGCUCGCGCUGGUGCUCGCGGAUGUGCUGGGGUCUGCACCUCGGCGAUCGACGAGUUGGAACACCAGUGGCAGGCGGAAAAGGAAGGCUCCCUGGGCGGCUGUCGAUUGGAUCGCCCCGCGCCCUGACGUCUUGUCUGAAUCGGGGUCUUCACCUCGCAAGCGCCGAGCUCCGUGGUCUCCUCUGCAGCGCCUCUCAACGGAGCGGGGCCUCCUCCUCCGGGGCCCGCGACUACCGAGGUCCGUUGGCCUCUCCGCCGGUAGGGGGCAGACGGGGAGGAGGAGGAGGAGGAGGAGGAGGAGGAGGAGGAGGAGGAGGAGGAGGAGGAGAGGGGAAAAAGGGAGGAGGGGGAGGAGGAGGAGGAGGAGGAGGAGGAGGAGGAGGAGGGGGAGAAGGAGGAGGAUUGGAUUGGAUUGGAUACUUCAGAGCGACAAGACAAGUCAAGCCAGUAUGGGAAAGCAUUGGGAUAAGAACUGUUCCCACCAUCAAGGUGGGGGUUCCUAUCCACGUGCUGACCCACGCCUGGCUACCCAAUCUGCCGCUCGGCGCAAGUCCUAA